AUGGCUUCUUAUUUCUUAUCCUUGCUAGUUGUGUUCCUUGCAGCUCUGAUCCUCAUCCCUCAAGGGUUUAAUGCUGAGGAGGAUUUCUACAAACACCCAAAGUAUGGACAUCAGCCUAUCUACAAGAAGCCACCACAUUACAAGUCACCUGUUUACAAGCCACCCUACAAGAAGCCACCAUACAAGAAGUACCCUCCUUAUGGUAAGCACCCUCCAGUUGAAGACAACACCCAUUUCUAG